AUGUGCACCAACGCAGUUUCUACCUGCAAAGAUUUCCCUGCGCGGCUUUAUCAGGGCGAACCCCAACCCUGUAGGAGUGGGAUAUCUGGUUUGAUACGACCAAAAGCUGCCUGGCCUGAAAGGGACAAUCUCCACGUCCGUCCACCAAGAUCACGCUGCUGCCUUUCGAAAGAAGAAUGUUGUGAAUUUUUAAUCAUGACCUUUACAUACGGCAUCAUCUUCGCCAGUAUUUGCACUGGCGUUGUGUUGGUUGGGGUGUUCGCCCAUACAUUGGUGUUCUACAUCUUCACCAAGUAUGUUUCAUUCAGGAAAAACCGCUUGGACAUCCUUUUGGUGAGCAUGGCCGUGGCAGAUUUCAUCGCUCUCUUGCUAGACCCUUUUCUCAUCGUGGCUGCCCUACGAUAUACGUGGCCGUUUGGAAGGAUCUUCUGUAAAAUACUUCAGUUCCUGAUGGCGUUCUUGGCGGCUGCCAGCGCUUACUCCCUGUGCGCUGUCUCCAUCACCCGUACCUGGAUCAUCCUGAAACCUCACAGUCCCCCUGCAAUGACUCUUAGCAUGAUCAUGUUGGUCUUUGUCUGGGUCUUCAGCCUCGGUGUGACCAUUCCACUUCGGAUCAACGCCACAACAGGGACAGGAAAUCACAAUACCACCCUCUGCGUCUCGGGUUUAUACCAGCACAAAUACAAGACCAUUCUGGCUCAGUUCGUUCUGUUUUACUUGGUACCCAUGCUGGUGAUCGCCUAUAACUAUGCCCGCCUUGCAGUCUUCCUUCUUAAGAGUCCCAUGAUGUCCUUGGUUAGUUCCAGAAAUACAAGGAGGGCGUCCAUCAUGAUUCUGUUUGCCACCGGCUCCUUCUCUGCGUGUUGGCUACCCAGCUACAUCUUAGAGCUUUGCCUGUAUUUGGGCGCAUGCCAUCGCGGACAGAACUGGGAAAUGCUCUUUUUUGGAUGCACCAUCUUUAAUUAUUUCUACCCGUGUGUCAAUUCCAUUAUUUACGUUUUACUUGCAAAGAGGUACCACACAGCGUGCUGGAGCCUGUCUAUUAAAUCACAUAAAGUGCGCCCCAGGAGCAGUACGAUGGGUCUCGAACAGAACGUGUUCUCAUGCCGUUGA